AUGGACACCCCCAUCCACCCAAACCUAACCCACCUCGCCACCCUCUCGCACCGCGCCCGCCAACGAAGCGAAGCCCGCAUCAGCUGGGCCUAUAUCAGCGACACGCCCGCGGCCGUGGUCUGCGGGCUGUGCGGGGAGCACGAGCACAUGUGCGCGGACACGCGGUUCUGGAGGUGUCCGAUGGCGGCGUGUGGGCACAGCGUCUGGCACGAUAGCUGCCUGGACGGGAUGUUUGAGCGGGAGGCGGUGGCCGGCCGCGCGCUGGCGUUCGGGUGUCCGGCUUGUGGGACGGGGUGGUGGCUGCGGAGUGAGAUGAGUGCGGAGGGGGCGCAGUUGCGCGAGGCGUGGCAGGAGAUGCAAAUGUUGAUGCUAUUGCAGGGGGUGGAGGAGAUGGAGGGGUGGAGUGGGCCGGGUUCGCAGCAGGGUGGGCUGGAGGAGGGUGUGCAGCAGCAGCAGCAGCAGCAGCAGCUGGCUUUGGAGCAGGAGCGCCACCUCAGCCACCUACACCAGGAGUACAAGCUGAAAAAGCAGCAGAGGCAGCAGCAGGCUUUAGCGGAGGAGGGCCACCUCCGCCAGGCUUACCAGCAGUACCUGCUGAAGGAGCAGCAGGCUUUAGAACAGCGGGGCUUGGAGCAGCAGGGCAUAGAGGAGCAGCAGCAGGAUCACCUUCACCAAUCUCACCAGCAGUACCAGCAGAAGCAGCAGCAGCAGCAGGGUUCAGAGCAGCAGCAUCAUACCCACCAGCUCUACCAGCAGUACCAGCAGGGCUUAGAGCAGCAGGACAUAGAGCGACAAUAUCACACCCAUCAGCUCUACCAUCUAAAGCAGCAACAGCAGCAACAGCUACAGCAGAGUUUCAUUCCGCUGCUACAGCCAGAAAGUUCGGGUGAAGACACCUGA